CCCGACCCGGCGCUUUCCCGGUUAUCACAACAUAGAAGUGAGGACCUCUUUAACGGCUGGUUCAUCGUCAUCAACGACCUUGAAGCAACUAGAUCUUUGAGAAGAACCGGAUAACCACCCUCUACGGAUUUGAAGACCAGGCGACCACGGAAUAGUUCUAGACCACUACCGCUAGGAACUGCAACUCCACCUCCUCACCUUAUAAAUUAUAGCCAUGGACGGAAGCGGGCCAGGCAUGCUGUACGUGACGAUGCAGCCCCGCGAGGGGCUCUCGCCGGACCAGUUCCACGAGUGGUACAACAACGAGCACGGGCCGACACGGCUCCGACUGCCGCACAUCUUCGCCAACGGGCUGCGGUACCGGGCCGCGGACGGCGAGACGCCGCAUUUCCUGGCCGUCUACGACGUGACGUCGAUGCGACACCUCGACACGCCCACCUACACGGACCUGCGCGCCAACCGGUCGCCGCGCGAGGCCGCCACCAUCGGCCAGGUCGCCGUCGACCGCAAGUUCUUGGACCUCGUGGCCACGCAGCAGAGCCCCCUCUUCGCGCCCAUCGAGCAGCUGACCGACGCCGAAGCGCAGGGGCUCGUGCUGGUGUCGGUCGAGGUGUCGCUCAAGCCGGGCGUCGAGGGCGCCGAAGAGGCCGUCGUGCAAUGGUACCGCGAGGAGCACCUCCCGAUGCUCUCCAAGAUCCCCGGGUGGCUGCGCAGCCGCGUCUUCCGCACGCCGUCCGUCAUCGAGGGCGGGAGCAGCGGUGCGGUCAAAAUCGUCACGCUCCAUGAAUACGCCAAGGAGAACGGCCUCGAGGGUCCCGAGCACAAGGCGGCGAUGAGAACCCCGCGGAGGGACGACGUGUUCGCCAAGUACAUCGCCCACAAGGCACGCCGGACCUAUGAGCUAUUCUAUGUCUUCGGCCCAGCGCCGAGGGAUCUGCAGUCCCUGUCCCGCCUACCCCCCUCGGCCGCCUUCUCCACAGCCGACGGCAAGAUCUCCACGGUCCCCGGCGGCGAGAAGGACGACGACGCAGCCAUCAACGCCUUCGUCACCACACCCACACCACCCGACUCCGACUCCUCCGGCCAGACAAUCCUUCCCUACCGCCUAGAGGGCAACCCCUCCCCCACGGCGCCCACUAUAGCCUUCUGCAACUCGCUGCUCACCUCCCUGCACAUGUGGGACCCCCUGGUGGCCAUCCUCAAGUCCUCCCGCCCCGACCUGCGCAUCCUGCGCUACGACACGCGCGGGCGCCACGACGACAACAUCAACAACGUCCCUGUCCCCGCCACGCUGGACAUGCUGGCCGACGACCUGGCAACCCUCCUCGCGGCCCUGCGCAUCCCCAGGCUGCAUGCGCUGGUGGGCGUGUCGAUGGGCGGCGCCACGACGCUCAAGUUCGCGCUGAAGUACCCGGGCUUGCUGGACCGCUUUGUCGCGUGCGACUUCAAUGUCGCGUCUAGCGACGCCAACACGGCUGCUUGGAAGGAGCGCAUCGCCGUCGCUGAGGGGGAUGAUGAUGAUUCUCUUGAGGGUGGUGGUAGUGGUAGUGGCAUGCGGAAGUUGGCGCGCCUGACGGUCGAGCGCUGGUUCCACCCGCACACUAUGGCGCAGAAGAAGGAUGUGGCGGAGUGGAUGACCGACAUGGUGGCGGCCAACAGCGUGCAGGGGUUCCGCUACUCGUGCCAGGCGCUGUGGAAUUAUAACCUGCGUGACGAGAUGAAGGGUUGCACGGUGCCGGGCCUGUUUGUGGUGGGUGAAGGGGAUGGGAAGGGGGCGCUGGUGAAGGCUAUGGAUGGGUUUAAGGGGUUGUUGGGUCCGCAUGGAGGCGAGCUGAAGAUUGUGCCGCUCGCCGGGCAUCUGCCCAUGUCGGAGUCGCCGAGGGAGUUCUGGGAUGCCAUUGCUGGGUUUGUUUGACGAGAUCUAGUAGCUCGUUGCGGAAGCUUGUACAAGUAAUACUGGAUUGGGUGAUCAAGUACGGCCUCGAUGUAGUUACAGCCUCUCUCAGUAGGAGCCCAGAGCAUCUAUUCCUCGCAGUGACUCGUCUCGUCUUCGGCUCCGGCUUCGGCUCCAAACCAGAACUCGACCUGCUAGAAACCCAGCCGGCUCUGAAUUUUGGUGUCAACCAACGACGAGUCUGUUGUCAAACAAAGCCUUGGAUCCGAGAGACCACAUUGUUUGUAGUUGCAGGAUCAGCUUCUUCGGUAUACACAUCGCGGCGAUCGGACACUCGCCG